AUGAUUCCAAUUGGGUACCCGGGUACCGAUAGCCUGUCUGGUCCUCGUAUCGCGGGUACUGGUAGAAGUCGGGGAGUCUCAAGAAGAAAAGAAGAAGCGGAUGAAUCUGAUGAUGAUGAAAAAGGCUCUUUGAUACUGUCUUAUGAUUUGAUUCUACGUUAUCCGCCUCCCCACUUUUCUUUCUACGAUCCAGUGCCGAUAGGUUUGAGAGAGCACCUACUCAUCGUAUGGCUAGUCGACCCAGCCAAUAACUUCAGGUUUACAAAUCAGCUUUUGUCUAGUACCCCGAAAAGUCUUACCAUAUCAUUGCCUAGAACCAUGAGUGAUGCCGGUAAAAUAGAAAAUGAAUGUUUGAAUACAAUAUUGGCAAUCGUCUUUCAUCAAGCGCCCAUUAAUUCUCCUCGGACAUUAAUUCUUAUAUCAAACAAUGAAUUGCAAAGGUGUAUAGGAUGGUUAUACGUUAUGCUCAUCAAAAAUCUGCUGAAUAUGCGUCAUGGAUUCUAUUUCCUUGCUGCCAUCGAUUCUUUAACUGAGGCAUCCAAAAGAAAUAUAACCUACGGACGAGCUUGGAAAGUACUAGGAUACCCCACAUUUGAGAUCACAUCGUACUUAAGCAGGAAUAAAUUCGAAAACGACGAAAGUUAA